AAAAAACGACGUCGGUGUUUUCUGUUUGCGUUUUAUUUAAUUAAUUAGUAAUUUUCCCUAUUAGUUUUGUUUCAUAGAAUUGAGCUCCCUCCAGCCUCGAAGGGCAGCCCCGACAAGAGCGGCGCGUAUCUUAUCUCUUUGUGUGUCACACAACCAUGAACUUGCUGGACAAGAUUAAGAUGCAGAAGAAGGAGCCUGACAAAACACCAGAAAUUCCAGUCUACUGGAUCGAAACCUCUGAUUCUGUCUCUCGUCACUUCCAGUUUGAACCCGACGGUCAACUCUCUAUGAAGGUAGUUGAUGAUGCAAGACCAGUUUAUCGUAGAGUGGUUGAAUCUUUCUUGAACAAGUUUUUUCCAUCAGGAUAUCCGUACAGUGUGAAUGAGGGAUAUCUUAGAUACACUCAAUUUCGUGCGCUGCAACACUUUUCUAGUGCUGCAUUAUCUGUGCUAUCUACUCAGUCGCUACUAUUUGCUGCUGGCUUGCGACCUACACCUGCACAAGCAACUGCAGUGAGUUGGAUACUGAAGGAUGGGAUGCAGCACGCAGGAAAGCUCAUAUGUAGCAAUUUGGGUGCUAGAAUGGACUCAGAGCCCAAACGUUGGAGAAUCCUAGCUGAUGUGCUUUAUGAUUUGGGCACUGGCUUAGAAGUUCUCUCUCCUUUAUGUCCACAUCUUUUUCUUGAGGUGGCAGGGCUUGGCAAUUUUGCAAAGGGGAUGGCAGUGGUUGCAGCAAGGGCAACAAGGUUGCCAAUAUAUUCUUCAUUUGCCAAAGAAGGCAAUCUAAGUGACCUAUUUGCAAAAGGGGAGGCCAUCUCAACACUUUUCAAUGUUCUUGGACUAGGAGUAGGAAUUCAGUUAGCAUCCACUGUCUGUUCAUCAAUGCAAGGGAAGUUUGUUGCUGGGCCUCUUCUUUCUAUCGUACAUGUUUGUUGUGUUAUUGAAGAAAUGCGAGCUACCCCUGUUAAUACAUUGAAUCCACAGAGGACGGCAAUGGUUGUGGCUGAUUUUGUCAAGACAGGGAAAAUAUCAAGCCCUGCUGAUCUUAGGUACCAUGAAGAUCUCUUAUUUCCAGGCCGACUUAUAGAAGAUGCUGGCAAUGUAAAAGUUGGGCAGGCUUUGCACAGGGCGGUGAGGCCUUCAAAACUUCGUGAAUUGAAAGAAAUAUUUCCCGGGGAGAAGUUUAUUCUAAGUCCUGGGAAUAAAUGGACUGAUUUGGUAUUGGAGCAAAAUGCUAGUGGUGAAGAUGCAUUAAGGGCAUGGCUGGUGGCUGCAUAUGCUUCGAGCAUGAAGAAGUCUUCUCAUGAGUCUACUUCUGUCACCUUGCAAGAUGCUUAUGAGAAGAUGAAUAGCGUAUUUGAUCCAUUUUUAUCUGAGCUGCAAGCCAAAGGGUGGCAUACUGAUCGUUUUCUUGAUGGAACAGGAAGCCGGUUUUCAUGGUAGCAUUUUAUAGUUUUGGGUAGUAUUUCAACCCUUCAAGAUAGUUUGACCCGCUGGUUGAAAUUCAAAUCGAGUAGGCAGCGAUUAAAGGUGGUUCUUGCCUUUUUACAUAACAUUUGUAUUUGUUUAGGGAGGCAACAAUUAUUUUUUUGUCCUUUUCACUGGUUUCCUUUUUUCUAGCUAACCUACCUCCCUCUUUCUCAAAAAGGACCGAGUAAAGCUCAGAUUAAAGGAUUGAAGUCAUGUCGAACUCCAGUUAUAUUCAAAGAAUCAUAAAAUGUUGGUGGACUUGAACGACCGAAACAGGAAAUGUAUUAUUUGCUGAA